AUGCUCCCACAGGUCGUCCGGAUCCUGUAUGUCUUGUCUUUCUGCUUUUUCCAGGGAGGCUUUAUCAGACUGAGCUCCUGUAAAGAGGAGAUAAAGCCCCCCAGCAGGGCAGGACCACAGCUGUCGCCUUCUGACUUCCUGGACAAGCUCAUGGGGAAGACGUCGGGAUAUGACGCCCGCAUCAGACCCUACUUCAAAGGUCCACCUGUGAAUGUCACCUGCAAUAUUUUCAUCAACAGCUUUGGGUCCAUCACAGAAACCACAAUGGACUACAGGCUCAACGUAUUCCUACGGCAAAAAUGGAAUGACCCUCGUCUGGCCUACAGCGAAUACCCGGACGACUCCCUCGAUCUGGACCCGUCCAUGUUGGACUCUAUCUGGAAGCCCGAUUUAUUCUUUGCAAACGAGAAAGGAGCCAAUUUCCACGAGGUCACCACUGAUAACAAGCUGCUGCGGAUUUUCCAAGAUGGCAGUGUCCUGUACAGCAUCAGGCUGACUCUUAUCCUGUCCUGCCCUAUGGACUUGAAGAAUUUCCCCAUGGACAUUCAGACCUGUACCAUGCAGCUUGAGAGCUUCGGUUACACCAUGUUUGACCUGAUCUUCGAGUGGCUGUCGGAGAACCCGGUGCAGGUGGCUGAAGAUCUCACGCUCCCACAGUUUGUGCUGAAAGACGAGAUGGAUCUGGGCUACUGCACCAAAUAUUACAACACAGGUAAAUUCACCUGCAUUGAGGUGAAGUUCCACCUGGAACGUCAGAUGGGCUACUACCUGAUCCAGAUGUACAUCCCUUCCCUCCUCAUCGUCAUCCUCUCAUGGGUCUCCUUCUGGAUUAACAUGGACGCUGCGCCUGCCAGAGUGGGCCUGGGCAUCACCACCGUGCUGACGAUGACCACGCAGAGCUCCGGCUCGAGAGCAUCGCUGCCCAAGGUCUCCUACGUGAAGGCCAUCGACAUUUGGAUGGCGGUGUGCCUUCUGUUUGUGUUUGCUGCGCUGCUGGAGUACGCCGCCGUUAACUUUGUCUCAAGGCAACACAAGGAGUUCAUCAGGCUGAGGAAAAAGCAGCGACAGCAAAGGAUAGUGUCUUCCAGUCAGCCUGGGAGUGUUGAUUCGUUGCGGAAAGUGACUGAACUCCCUGGUAACAUCUCAACCUACAGGACUCAGCACUGCAGCGCCUGUGCCAGGGAGGACGACCUGAUGAGGGAGAGCCGCGGCUUUUACUUCCGGGGUUACGGCCUGGGUCACUGCCUGCAGCACAAGGACGGUAACGCUGUGGAAGGGCCCAGCGUCUUCACCGCCACCCCCCCUCCGCCUCCUCCUCCUCCUCCGGUCAUCGCGUGCGACAGGGAGACGCUGCACAAGCGCUUCGUGGACCGAGCCAAGCGCAUCGACACUAUCUCCAGAGCCGUGUUUCCCUUGAGCUUCCUCAUAUUCAACAUCUUCUACUGGAUCACCUACAAAGUGCUGCGACACGAGGACAUCCACGCCAGUUUGUAAAAACGCUCGCUGCCGACUCCAGA